AUGGCGACCGACUUCAUAAUGCCCCAGAUGCCCAUUCAGCAACAACAGCCCCAAGCCCACCACUUUUACUCGCAGCCGCAGCAGCAGCAGCAGCAGCAGCAACCUUAUCGUGCUCAGCAGCACUCUGGCUUUCAGCUGGCUCCGAUCGCAACUCCUUAUCAGCCUUCCACGCAGCAAAAUACCCAGGUGUCGCCGCUCAGCACAUCCGGCAACUCGCCGACUUCGCCCAAGAACUACAUGACGCGCCAAAUCCGGCCGCUCUACGUACCGGCUGUGCUGCGCCCGACCGAGUUUCCAUCCAAGGUUCCGGCGCGACCAAAGUCGGAGCAUGAGCCUGAGUCUCCUGAGGAGGAACCAUUGCGUCACAGCAACAGCUUCAUGAGCCUUGGUGGGUUGAGCGGAGGGUUGAGCGCGUCAUUGGGUUUGACCAGACGGUCUACUGGCGAUAGCGCCAAAUACGUCGAUGGAACUUGGAAUCUGGACCUCUUUCCCAAUCCGACUGGCACCCCCACCCGGAAACAUUGGAAGUUGGACCAGGACGCACUUAUCUGUGAUCACGCGACCUGCAAAAAGUCCUUCAACACGUUCACCAGAAGACAUCACUGCCGGCGCUGCGGCAACAUCUUCUGCGGCGCUCACAGCGACUAUCAAAUCCCCCUUGAUCAGGACGCCAACUACAACCCUCGUGGUGUUCCCAGCCGCGCCUGCGCUCACUGCUUCAACCAGUUCAGGGCAUGGCGCAGUCGUGCAAACAGCCAGUCCUCCAGCAGGGGUUCAUCUGAUGGAGGCAACGCUCCCGAGACACCCGUCACCCCUACCGCCGCUGCCCCAGUCGCCGCUAUCGCUCCUGGCCUGAUGAGGCCCCUUCAAGCUCGCGUGGCCGAGGUGGCACACAGUGUUCCCAGAGACUGGAAUUGGAGCACCUUUUAA